AUGCGCACGCUCCUCCACAAUAUCACUGGCGAAAUAUACCCCGGCGAAGUAAUCGGGCUCUUAGGACCCUCGGGAGCAGGAAAAACCACCCUUCUCAACAUCCUUGCUGGGCGAAUUGAAGGCGGCGUGCUUAAUGGUAAGGUAUUGUUUCGAGGCAAGAAGCGCAACCCGGGGGUGUUCAAGCGGCGUGUUGCCUACGUUGAGCAAGAGGAUAUAAUGUUCCCUAUGUUGACCGUCGAGGAGACCAUAAUGUUUGCAGCCAAAUUGCGACUGACAGACAAAAGCUAUACGCAGCUGCAGAAGGUUGAGCGAGUGGCCAGCGUCAUGCAACAAUUGAGGCUAAGCCAUGUAAAGUCGUCUAAAAUAGGCGAUGCCCUGAGCCGUGGCGUUUCCGGUGGCGAGCGCAAGAGAGUGAGCAUUGGGGUUGGUCUGGUCACUGAUCCCGAUAUGAUUGUUCUGGACGAACCCACUUCCGGGCUGGACAGCAACUCUGCAGAGAUGGUUGUCGAGUUGGUACGUGAUAUCACUAGGUCACGUGGUAUUGCCUCUGUGAUGACUGUGCAUCAGCCCAACGCCAACAUGCUCAGUUGCUUUGACCGUGUGCUGCUUUUGACACAGGGCCACUUGGUAUAUUUUGGCUCGGCGACUCAGGCUAUCGAAUACUUUGAAUCAAAGGGUUUUCCCUGCCCAUUGCGCCAGAACCCUGCCGACUUCUUCAUUGACAUCAUGUCGCUCAAUAACCGUUCGCCGCGCGAUCAUGAGAUGAGCAAGCGUCGUGUCGAGUACUUAGCCCAGUCUUAUAACGAAUCCAAGCUCCCAACGUCCAAGUUAUCCAUGUCCUAUGGCGGCCUGUACGAAAAGCCGUUUUACUCUGCAAAGACUGUGGCCGCUGCGGGCAUUCGCAUGGUCGGCGACACUUCAGCGCCAGAGUUUAACUGGUCUUUACAAAUGGACGAUACCCCACCCCCGCGGCGUGCAAACUGGUUCUAUGAAGUCAAGACCCUGGCCCAGCGCGAUAUUAUCACCACCAUGCGUCACUACACAUUCCUCAGCUCUGUCGGGCUCAACGCCAUUACUGUGUUGAUGCUCCUUGGCCUUCUCUUUUUCAGAAUGGGCAACGAGAUAGAGUCUAUCCAAAACCGCAUCGGCCUUUUCUUCUCCCUCACCCUCAAUUCGGCAUACGGCGUCAUGUCACAGUAUCUCUUUGUCUAUUACAAGGCUAAGGAGAUUAUGCUCAACGAGCGCGGUUCCGGGUCUUACCGCAUGUCGACGUUCUACAUUGCCAAGGUCCUUGUGUACAUGCCCAUUGCGGUGUUAUCCAGCUGGAUAUACUUUAUGGGUAUUUACUUUAUGGCUGGACUGCAGAGCUCUGUGCCAAAAUUUUUGACGUCGCUGUCGCUGUUUACCAUCAUGGUUGUCGUGGCGCUGGGUGCCACGCUGCUAGUUGGGUCGUUUGUGGCCUCGUACGACUUGGCCGCUGUCAUUGGUGCCCUUUUGAUUACCACCUGGGUUAUUUUUGGCGGCCAUUUGGCGAAUGCAGGUGACCUACUGCCCGGCAUCAAGUGGAUGCAAUACAUUUCCCCGGCAUUCUACGUUUACCAGGGGAUGGUCAGUACGGAGUUCAGCGGUCUUCAGCUCCAUUGCCAAGCCAACAACGGUCUGUGUAUGGCCCGCGGCGACGCUGUUAUUAAGCUCUACAACCUUGACCAAUUCAACGUCGGCCAGUGUGUCUUAAUCUGUGUCUGCAUGACAGCACUUUUUAAUAUGCUGGCAUAUAUAUCCUUGAGAUUCAAGGCCAAGCCCAAAUAUAAGUGGAUCUAA